AUGCAAGUCUUCAUGGAGCUCGAGCGAGAAAUGGCGAGAAAGCGCCAACAGACAGAUCCCAUAGUGGUGCCGCUAGGGCCUCUAACCCCUCCAGAUGAGCCGGACGAAGACGAGUGCUGCCACUUGGACUGUCCCAACUGCGUCCACCUCAUCUACCAGGAAAAACUGAUGGAGUACGAACUGAGUCUACAGAGUCAGGACAAGAGAGAGGUGCCGACAGCUCCUGCGCCUGUGUGCAGCUUGUCCUUUUACGCGAGCAAAGGCAGUGAUGCCGGUGUACGCCAAAGGCUCAUGGCAGAACACAGUCGAUCGCUAUUGGAGGUCGCAGCAAACGAUGUGAUCAGUGUGCCUCAUCAAACGGCAGACGGUGCAUGGCGGUCGGUGCGUCACAUUGACCUCCGCAUUCGUGACGAGCAACAAGAGCAAGUCGGUGAGCAGGCGUCUAACAUUGGCGUCUACGUACCAAAUGAUCUGUCGGUCGUAGAUCGCAUGCUUGCUCACUUGCACAUCGAGGACCCCGGCUUGAUUUACAUUGCUGAACAGCCCGUCGAUUUGGCAAGUGCUGGCGAGCAACAGAGCUCACUGCAGCAUCAAGGAGUUCAUCAGCGUCCGUUUGCCAACAUCGGAACAGUGCGCGAUGCACUCACAUGGAGUGUCGACCUCAUCUCGACGCCACCUUCCAGGUUCCUUCGCAGCCUCGCCGCGUACUCUUCGAACAACGACGACAUUGCUGCGUUGAUGACACCACACCUGGUUGAAGCUAUUCACGCGGAACGGCCACAUGAGCACGUCACCAUCGCCGACAUUUUCGACCGCUUUCCGUCUAUUCGGCUGAGUUUUGCAGAAUUUUUCCAGAUCGCGCCACCGAAUUCUCCGCGAUAUUACACGGUCUCCUCGUCACGGCGCCUCGUUCCUGACGUGGUUUCCAUCACACUGGGACUUUGUGAGACGGAUGUGCUGCCGUUGCCACGUUGUUCCAGCUAUCUUGCAAAGUUGAAGCAAGGGGAGUUCAUUCGCGCAUCGUUCCACCGGUCGUCAUUUGUGUUCCCUCUUCACGAUCAUCGUCCGAUCAUGCUUAUCAGUGCGGGCACUGGAAUUGCGCCAUUUCGAGCUUUUCUGCAGGAUUUGGAGCAUGAAGUCGCUACGUCGCCACACGGGCACCGACCAGCCUACCUCUUUUAUGGAUGCCGUGAUGCAAGCGUGGACUUUUUGUAUGCCGAGGAAUUCCAGCGCGCACGAGACUCGGGAGUGCUCGAUGAAUUGCACGUCGCGUUUUCGGCUGACGGCGACCACUCGAAGCGGUACGUCCAGGAUGCGUUGAUUGACCAGAGCGAGCUCGUGGUGCGACAUUUACUUGGAGAUAAGGGCUACAUCUACUUGUGCGGCAGCCAGGCCAUGAGCCGCGCCGUGAAGAAGGCGAUUGUCGCAGCUAUAGUGCGGCAUCCCGAGUAUUUGGACAGUGUCAUCGUAACACAAGAAGACGCCGAGCGUGUCGUGGCGCAGAAGCUGGCAGAGCAUCUCAUUGUCACAGAGCUCUGGUAG